AAAAAAGAAGAUGAAAAAAUAGAAAAAAAAAAACUAAAUUUGAAAAAAAAGACAAAAGAGAAGGAAGAAAGUCUGGGAGGGGAGUCCCAGAAUAUUGUUUUUUCUCCGGUGACAGUGUCGGUUCUCUGACGCUCUCUUUGUUCAAUCUUUCUUCGUUCUUUCCCUGAAUGCCUUCACCUGUAUUCAGGAAACUUGCGGUGAUUUACAAUUUAAGGAGCGAGAGAUUAUAAGGUGCUAUGGAUAUUAUUCAAAACCAUUCUAAGAAAUGAACAUUUCAAAUGAUUGAAGAGUGCUACAAUUAAUCUGAGAAACACUGGCAUGAACUGUAUGGCCUUGGCUCUCGAUCCACUAACCGACCGGUUCACACAUUAUAACCGAUCUUCACAAAGAUGCAGACUCCAAUCUCUAACCAACCUCGACUUCAACUUUCUAGACUUCAACACCAAACCAACCACUCUCACCUCCUCACACUCCUUCAACCACAGAAGCGUCUCCACUCCAUGCUUCUCCAUCUCCUCCACAAAUCAAUACGCUGCUCCAGAGAUAGAGAUCCUCUGUGGUGGUCGAAGAGUCUCCACCAUACGUGCCCUUGUAGCUGAAGUAACCAUAGCUUUGGUCUCAGGAGCUCAUCCUCUGCUCUUACCAAGUGGCUUAGGUGGUGCUUAUCUUUUGCAAACCGGACACGGUCACAGCAUUGCUGUUGCAAAGCCUGUUGAUGAAGAGCCUUUAGCUUUCAACAACCCCAAAGGUUCUGGUGGCGGUUUAAAGCUCGGACAACCCGGUUUGAAACGGUCUAUCCGGGUGGGUGAAUCCGGUAUCCGUGAAGUGGCUGCUUACCUCUUAGACCACCAAGGCUUCUCCAGCGUCCCACCAACCGCAUUGGUCAGAAUCUCACACGUUCCCUUCCAUAGAAAUGAUGAUGGUGAAGCUGUAGCCUCUUUGCAACGGUAUGUAGGUCAUGAUUUUGAUGCAGGAGAGCUUGGACCAGGGAGCUUCGCCGUUGGUUCGGUCCAUAGGAUUGGGAUACUUGAUGUGAGAGUCUUGAACCUAGACAGACAUGCUGGUAACAUGUUGGUGAAGAAGAUACACGACCAAGAUGAUGAGAGUUGUUGUUAUAAUGGAGUUGGAGCUGCUGAGCUUGUGCCUAUAGACCAUGGUCUUUGCCUACCUGAAUGUCUUGAUGAUCCUUACUUCGAAUGGCUUAACUGGCCUCAAGCUUCUGUUCCGUUCACUGAUGCUGAGCUUCAGUAUAUAUCGAAUCUUGAUCCUAUCAAAGACGCAGAGCUUUUGAGAACCGAGCUAGGGUCUAUACAAGAAGCUUCUAUAAGAGUCCUCGUUGUUUGUACUAUGUUCUUGAAACAAGCAGCUGCUUCAGGGCUGUGUCUUGCAGAGAUAGGUGAGAAGAUGACUAGAGACAUCUGCAGAGGUGAAGAGAGUUCUAGUCUGUUGGAGAUUCUCUGCACUAAGGCAAAAGCAAGUGUGGUUGGUGGAAGUUAUCAAGGAGAAGAAGAAGAUGGUGAUGAUGAUUAUAGUAGUGAAUGGGAUGAAGUAGAGGCUGAGUUAGAGUGUUGUAUUUUCAACUUUGAUGAAGAAUUUGAAGAGCUUACAGAAGAGAUGAGUCAGGUGUCUAAACCUCCUUUGUUUCCAAGGGCUCCAUCUUUCUCAGCCAAUCUAUCUGCUCUCAUGAUGUGUUCUUGGAUUGGGACUCAUGAUAGGAGCCUAGUGAGGAGCAAGAGCCACCCGGUUUGUGUGAAUCAUGAUGACACUGAAGGUGUUUAUUUUGGAGACAUGAGUGAAGAUGAGUGGGAGAUGUUCCUGCAGAUGUUCCAGAUGCUUUUGCCAGAAGCGCUUGAAGGGUCAACAAGUAAGGGACCAAAGCCAAGAUUUGGUUCUUCCUGCAAAUUCUAAGGAAGCAGUUAUCAAAGAAAGUAUACGGUGAAAAGAACAAACCAAAACAGAGAUGAGGUUAAGAUUCAUGUGUUUAUACUAUUGACUUUAAGAGUGUAGGCUUAAAACUAUUGACUUGAUACCAUUAGAAGGCAAAUGGAAGAUGAGACGAGCAAACUCGAAGGCCGUCCUAUCCAAACUAUUUCUUUUCUUCUUCUUUCUUGAUGUUGAUGAAAUAUUAAUUAGAUAUCUACAAGAAAAUGAUUAAUGUAACUGAUACAUAUAUAUGCACUUGUGUAACUAAAUUUCUAUGGUUAUUGUGUUUUGCCCAACG